UGAAUGGCAAUAGUCAAACAACUUGCCAAAUCUUUCAACAUAAAAAGUUUUAUUGUUCUUCCUCUAACACUACUUUCUUGAAACUCAGCGUUGUAUAAAUAUAUAUAAUUGUCUCAGACUUGAGAAACCAAAAUUCACAACUGAGAAUUCUUCUUUGAGAGAUUAGGAAGAAAUGGCAGCAGCAAAAGCAAGCGCAAUGCCGCUUAUCAGUAAGCUCUACUGUUCUUCUUCUCAGGUAGUGCUUGUGGUUAGGAGGAGGCCACAUGUAGUGAAUGGAGGUGGUUUCGUGGUCACCGAUUGUAGCCAGAAGGUUGUUUUCAGGAUUGACGGUUGUGGGGUUCUUGGUACUAAAGGGGAGCUGGUUCUGAGAGAUGGAAAUGGGGAUGCUUUGCUUCUCAUACGUCGAAAGGGAGGGAUGGUUGAGGCCCUAAGCAUACAUAAAAGAUGGAAAGGUUACACUUUUGACUACGAAGGAUCACAAAAGUUGGUAUUCACCUUGAAGGAGCCCCGGUCCAGUUGUUUAGCAAAAAACAAUGCCAUCAGAAUCGCCACGGAGCCAAAAGGAAGCAGCUUUGAGAUUAAAGGCUAUUUCCCAGAUAGAAACUGCAGCAUCAUUGAUUCUAUAGGCAACAUUGUCGCUCAGAUUGGAGUGAUGAAGGAAGUAGACGAGUUGAUGGCGAGUAAAGAUCUUUAUCAUGUCGUGGUAAAUCCUGGAAUCGAUCAAGCUUUUGUUUUUGGAGUCAUUUCUGUUCUUGAUUACAUAUAUGGUGAAUCUACCAGGUGCUGAAUGACAGAAUGAGCAAAGCCUAACUAAGCAGAUUUUCCUUUUUGUAACCAAAAUGAAAAAAAAAAAAAGAGUCUAAAUUUAUAUGGAUAAGCUGAUCCUAUAAUAAUGCUUUUAGUUUUGUUCCUUUGGUCAGACUUGUAUAACUAGAUUGGGAAUCAAUUAAGCUGCACAUUUCAAUUGCA